AGAGAACGAGCGCUUUCCCAGGAGAAUCGUCUUGGAGAGAGUAGCGAAUGGGGGCGGGCGGGAUCGUGUCACGUGAUGUCGGAGGCCCGUGGAGGCAACACGCAGGAGCGGGAAGCGCCGCGUGAAGCCUGAGAAUUCGGUUUGCAGCCUAAGGUUUCCUUCUAGGUAACAUCUGGUUGAGUCACAUGUCAUCAGAAGGAGUGACCAUUACUGUUCGUCUGAUUCGUUCCUUUGAGCACCGUAAUUUCAAACCUGUUGUUUAUCCAAGUAUUAACCUGGAUCAGACUGUAAAGGAGUUUAUUGAAUUUGUGAAAAAUGAUGUAUCGUUAAGAACAGGACUUCCACCUCCUUUUAAAAAGCACAGAUACGACACAAUGAAGAUUAUUCACCAGGCGCAUGGCUCCAAGACCAGUGAACUCGUUGUGAGUUUAGAAGACGAUGACAAACUCAUUUUGGCAGAGGACAGCACCCUGAAAGCAGCUGGAAUAGCAAAUGAAACAGAGCUAGCAUUUUUCUGCAUGGACGAUUACAGAAAGUAUAAAGUGAAUCCUGUUGUUGCCUGGUGAAGACUUGGAAAGAAGCAUACCCCCCUCCCCCCCAGUAUUUUUUGUGAACUUUUUUCCUGUUUUGCUGUAAUAAUUAAUAAACCCAAAGGUGUGUAUUA